AUGAAGGAGCUCAACCAGUCCACAGUGACAGAAUUCAUUCUCUUGGGCUUUGUCCCCAACUGCAGGGCCAAUCCUCUGCUCUUCACCUUCUUUCUAGUCUUUUACCUGAUGAUCCUUGUGAGCAACAGCCUCCUCAUCACCCUCAUCCACCAGGACUCUCACCUCCACACGCCCAUGUACUUUUUCAUCAGUGUCCUCUCCGUGCUGGACGUGUGCUACACCACCACUACUGUGCCUCAGAUGCUCGUGCAUAUUCUCAGCAAGAAGAGGGCCAUCUCUUUUGCUAGAUGUGUGGCCCAGAUGUACACCUGCCUCCUCUUUGGGAUCACUGAGUCCUGGCUUUUCUCCAUCAUGUCCGUGGACAGGUACAUGGCCAUCUGCCACCCUCUCCGAUAUAAAGUCAUCAUGAGCCGCUGGGCGUGCCUCCUCAUGGUGGGCAUCUGUGCAGCCUAUGGUGUGGUGGGUGGCCUAUGUGAUACCUUCUUUGCUAUGCGCUUGCCCUAUUGUGGUCCUAAUGAAAUUGACCACUACUUUUGUGAGGUUCCUGCCAUUCUGAAGCUGGCCUGUGCAGACACAUCCCUCAAUGACUUGGUAGACUUCAUUGUAGGGUUCAAUGUCAUCGUGGUCCCACUCUCCCUGGUUGUUGUUGUCUAUGUCAACAUCUUUGCCAACAUCAUGAAGAUCCGCUCAGCUCAGGGACGGAUCAAGGCCUUCUCCACCUGUGCCUCCCACAUCACCGUGGUCACCAUCUUCGCCAUUCCCUGCAGCAUCAUGUACAUGAGCCCUGGCUCUGACCCCUUGUCAAACAGUGGCAAGAAAAUGGCCCUUUUCUAUAACGUCGCCACAGCCUUCCUCAACCCUGUCAUCUACAGUCUGAGGAACAAGGAUGUCAAAAAGGCUUUCCUCAAAUUGAUGGGACAGGGCAGAGUGAGAUUUUAA